GAUACACACAGCAUUGGAUGAUGGUUAUUGGUUUAUUCAGUUGCCAAAGUACCAGAUGAUCAAUAGGGUUCAAACUUCUGCUGAAUCAUAACCAGUUGGCGCUGAGCUAUGACAAGGGAGGAAACAAAAAGUUAAAGGAGCAAGCCUGCCCUGAGUGAGGAGCGAACUUUCUUGAUAACAUGCUUUUGCGAAGUUCAGGAAAAUUAAACGUGGGCACCAAGAAAGAGGAUGGUGAGAGUACAGCCCCCACCCCCCGCCCGAAGAUCUUACGUUGUAAAUGCCACCACCAUUGUCCAGAAGACUCGGUCAACAAUAUUUGCAGCACUGACGGAUACUGUUUCACAAUGAUAGAAGAGGAUGAUUCUGGGAUGCCUGUGGUCACUUCCGGAUGCCUCGGACUAGAAGGCUCAGAUUUUCAGUGUCGGGACACUCCCAUUCCUCAUCAGAGAAGAUCAAUCGAGUGCUGCACGGAAAGGAAUGAGUGUAACAAAGACCUGCACCCUACGCUGCCGCCGCUGAAGAACAGAGAUUUUGUUGAUGGACCUAUACACCACAAGGCUUUACUUAUAUCCGUGACCGUCUGUAGUUUGCUCUUGGUCCUCAUCAUUUUAUUCUGUUACUUCAGGUAUAAAAGACAGGAAACCAGACCUCGGUACAGCAUCGGGUUAGAGCAGGAUGAAACCUACAUUCCUCCCGGAGAAUCCCUGCGAGACUUAAUCGAGCAGUCGCAAAGCUCAGGAAGUGGAUCAGGCCUCCCUCUGCUGGUCCAGAGGACGAUCGCCAAGCAGAUUCAGAUGGUGAAGCAGAUUGGAAAAGGUCGCUACGGGGAAGUCUGGAUGGGAAGGUGGCGUGGCGAGAAGGUGGCGGUCAAAGUGUUCUUCACCACAGAGGAAGCCAGCUGGUUCCGAGAGACAGAAAUAUACCAGACCGUGCUGAUGCGACACGAAAACAUUUUGGGCUUUAUUGCUGCAGAUAUCAAAGGGACAGGGUCGUGGACCCAGUUGUACCUGAUCACAGACUACCACGAAAAUGGUUCCCUGUAUGACUAUCUGAAGUCCACCACGCUGGACACGAAAUCAAUGCUGAAGUUGGCGUACUCCUCCGUCAGCGGCCUGUGUCACCUCCACACUGAAAUCUUCAGCACUCAAGGCAAACCGGCCAUUGCCCACCGAGAUCUGAAGAGCAAGAACAUCCUGGUGAAGAAGAAUGGAAGCUGCUGCAUAGCUGACCUGGGGCUGGCUGUCAAAUUUAUCAGUGAUACAAAUGAAGUUGACAUACCCCCCAACACCCGAGUUGGCACCAAACGCUACAUGCCCCCGGAAGUGCUGGACGAGAGCCUGAACAGAAAUCACUUUCAGUCCUACAUCAUGGCCGACAUGUACAGCUUCGGGCUCAUCCUCUGGGAGGUCGCCAGGAGAUGUGUGUCAGGAGGUAUCGUGGAAGAAUAUCAGCUUCCCUAUCAUGACCUGGUGCCCAGUGAUCCCUCGUACGAGGACAUGAGGGAGGUCGUGAGCAUCAAGAAGUUACGUCCCUCGUUCCCCAACCGGUGGAGCAGCGAUGAGUGUCUCAGGCAGAUGGGGAAGCUCAUGACGGAGUGCUGGGCCCACAGCCCCGCGUCCAGGCUCACGGCCCUGCGCGUGAAGAAGACACUGGCCAAGAUGUCAGAGUCGCAGGACAUUAAGCUCUGAUGGCAGAGAACCAGCGUGCAUCUGUGCACACCGCCAGGAGCUACUCCUCUGUGCGUGGGCAGAGCGAAAGGAGCAUCCGCGGUACAGACCUUGAACUUGAACAUGGUCCUGCUUCCCAGUGGGUUCAGCCCUCGCCUCUCAGGGAGCGACCUGGACGGAGAUGGAGAAGCUUCCAGAAGCGCAGACUGACCCAUGUCUGUCUGGAAGAGCGAGAAAUCGCUUGGGUGACUUGUUCAAGAUAGGGUGCAUGUUGCUUUCUAAGAAAGCCCUGUAUUUUGGGAUUGCCUUUUUUUUUUUUAAAGAUGCUUUAAUUUUGCCAAAAUAAAACAAAUAACGUGGA